AUGUCCCCUUCACCCCGUCGCGAGUUCACUUUCGUAGAGCCGCCAAUCAAUUCUAGCCAUUAUCUGCAACUGGCUCAAUCAACUCUUCUAAAACUCCGCAAGAAGAAAGAUAGCAGUUUGAGGAUCCGAGUACUUCACAAGGAACUCAUUAAGAGUAUUUGGAAACUGCCGGUUAAACCAGUGAAGGCGCGUAAGAUUCCGAACAUUCUUAGAAGACGUGGAAUUCAGAAGCUGAGAGCUCGUCGAGGAGUCGUUGCUCUUCCCAAGCCACUAUCCGAGUACAUUGAGCAAUUGGAAAAGGAAAGUGCUCUCCGAGAAACGAGUCUCCACCACAAAAUGCUCCGUCAAGUCAAAACCAUCAACAGAUGCAAAACAGUCACGGAUCUUCUCAAAACGUCCAAAAAACUGAAAUUCGAGUGUGACCGUCUUGUUGCUCAGAGGAGUAAGGACAACCAGGAAUCGAUGUGGUCGUGCGAGAAGUGUGACAGAGGAUUCAAGGACUUCUCGAGCUACAAUCAUCACAUGGAGUACCACAGCAAGGUCACCAGUUUUAUGGAGGGAAUGGAUUCGGAGCCAAAGUGUGUAGAGCAGGAGGAGAUGUCGUCCAAGAGAAUUUAA